GGAGGCAACUUCCUCUUUGCAGCUUACUUAAGGCUUCUACGGGGUGAGGCGCACCCCGGAGACGGAGCUGCAAGGCUGACGGCCAUGGGGGACAUCUUCAUCCGUCACAUAGCCCUGCUGGGCUUCGAGAAGCGCUUUGUGCCCAGCCAGCACUACGUGUACAUGUUCCUGGUCAAGUGGCAGGACCUCUCAGAGAAGGUCGUUUACCGGCGGUUCACCGAGAUCUACGAGUUCCACAAGACGUUAAAAGAAAUGUUCCCCAUUGAGGCAGGAGAAAUUAACCCAGGUGACAGGAUCAUCCCCCACCUCCCAGCCCCCAGGUGGUUUGAUGGGCGGCAGCGAGUAGCCGAGAGUCGCCAGGGCACCCUCACCGAUUACUGCAGCGCGCUCAUGGGGCUGCCCACCAAGAUCUCGCGCUGUCCCCACCUGCUGGACUUCUUCAAGGUGCGCCCAGAAGACCUGCAGCUCCCUACUGACAGCCAGGCAAAGAAGCCGGAGACAUACUUGAUGCCCAAAGAUGGCAAGAGCCGCAUGGCAGACAUCACAGGCCCCAUCAUCCUGCAGACCUACCGUGCCAUCGCCAACUAUGAGAAGAGCUCGGCCUCGGAGAUGGCGCUGGCCACGGGCGACGUGGUGGAUGUCGUGGAGAAGAAUGAGAGUGGCUGGUGGUUCUGCCAAAUGAAGACCAAGCGUGGCUGGGUCCCCGCGUCCUUCUUGGAGCCCCUGGACAGCCCUGAUGAGGCGGAGGACCCUGAACCCAACUAUGCAGGUGAACCCUAUGUCGCCAUCAAAGCCUACACCGCCGCGGAGGAGGACGAGAUAACCCUGGCCCAGGGUGAAACCAUUGAGGUCAUUCAUAAGCUCCUGGACGGCUGGUGGGUGGUCAGGAAAGAUGACACCACGGGCUACUUUCCCUCCAUGUUCCUGCAGAGGUCGGGGCAGGAGCUGACCCAAGCCCAGCGGCACAUCAAAGGCCGAGGGGCGCCACCCCGCAGGUCGACCAUCCGCAACGCGCACAGCAUCCACCAGCGCUCGCGGAAUCGCCUCAGCCAGGACACCUACCGCCGCAACAGCGUGCGCUUCCUGCAGCAGCGCCGGCGUCCCCAGCGGCCGGGCCAGCUCGGAGCCAGCAGCCUGCAGCAGGCGCCCCAGCCGCAGGGCGCGAAGCCGCAGCCCGCGGUGCCCCCGCGCCCCAGCGCCGACCUUAUCCUGCACCGUUGCAGCGAGAGCACCAAGCGCAAGCUGGCGUCGACCGUGUGAGGCCGAGCGGCGCCGUUCCUGUGUAUAGUGUAUAUAGCCUGAGGUCCGGACGCUACGGGUAGAGCUCGCCACUGCCGCCCACGCGACAGGGCCACCUCCUCCAUGAAGCUGGCUGGAAUGAGACAGGGGCUCCGGGGAGAUGGAGGUGGCCUGGGCUCUGCCCGCGGGGUAUUUGUAGAAUGAGGACAGAGGCCUGUGGACUUGCUGGGGAGGAAGUUGCAAAUUCUGUGGUGCUUGCUGCCCAACCAGUCUUGAUCAAGAGCAAGUUUUGCAAGGGCAGGAGGAACUAUAGUUCCUCUCCU